UAUAAUAAACUGGAGAUUUGGCGCUCAUUUUCGAACAUCCGUCAAUCAAAUAGUUUCGGAAAUUCACCUAAUACAUUCUUUUUCCGCAUAAAUUGCAAUCUAAUUAUAAUGUGCUAUUAGUUCGUUGAUUGAGGGUCAGAACGCUGCGUCAUGUUGUUGCUGCCAACGGAAAUGUGUCCAGCAGCAACAACAACAAUAACAACAAUAACAGCCACAACAAUAACAACCAUAAACAAGACAAGAAAUUGCCCAACGAAAAGUAAUUUGCGAAAAUCAUAAAAAGUAGCGUAAAUAACUCCCGGCUCUACUGAAAACCAAGUGGAGCAAAAGCAAAACAGCAAAAAGCACAAAGGCCAAGCGCGAAAAUAGCCAGAAAAUUGCUGGAAAUCUUUUGGUUCACACCAAAACAAGAAACCCCAGAAACAAAAACAGAAACAGAAACAUUAACAACAUUCAAGAACGACAACUAUAGGAACAAGCAGAGCAACAACAGCAAGUGUCGCCGUUUUCUUAUGCACAAAAACCAUUCUGUGAUAUCUCAAGACCCAAAGAUGGCAUCGUUAACCUUGCACUUGAUGGUGAUAGCUCUGCUGGCGUCGACUGCGCUGUCAACGGCGUCGCAGGCAACAGUGACGCGGCAGCGCGGCAGGGGCGCCGCAGGCGGGGGCGUGGCAUCCACAACCAGCACAGAGGCGCCAACGUUGCGGGCGCCCCGUCAGCGUCGUCCGCCCACGACGCAGUCGAUCGAAUUAACGGUGACGGUGACCCCGGCUCGCAGUCGCGGUCGCAGCAGCGGCAGCACGACUCCUCUGCCGCCGCUCACAACAACAACAACAACGAGUGCCAGGCAGUUGCAGCGUCGACGCAGCAGCACUUCCAGUACAACAACCACAACUGCAGGAACACCCACAGCUGGGCGAUCUUCCAGGGAUCGUGGAAGUGUGAGGGGACCGCGUCAACCGAGAGAUACCCCGGAAUUGAGUGGCGAUGGCAACAAUAUACGACGCAGCUGGCAGUCGGCCCCGCCCACCGCCACCCCCUACCUCGCCCACUCGCCCAGUUCCAGUUUCAGUUUCAGUUCCAGUCCCAGUUCCAGCGAUGCCGCGGCCAAUUCCAGUUACAGCUCCACUUCCAGUCGUGGCGCCCUAAAAACGCCGCGCAUGAUCCAGCGACUGGUGGCCGGCCACAUCCACAAUUCGCAGGGCCACUCCACGUACGAGGUGUCGGCGGUGAGUGCCAACAGCUCCUCGUCCACUUAUGGUCCUUCGACGACUGCGAGGAGCAGCUUCACCUCGACAACCACAACCACGACGACGAGGCAACCUCCGUUGCGGGGCAAGGCGAGCAGCAGUUACCGACUGGCCAAGCCCUCGAGCAGGCCGAGAUUGAGCAGCACAGUGGCCACCACGCGGUUCAGCCAUCCGCCGAGCACCUCGCGAUCAACCACCCCACUCCCGCCUCCCAGAUCCAACACCCCCAGAACCAACACCCCCCGUCCAAAUCCAAAUGAUUUCCCCGACGACGACGACGAGGCGCUGCUCAACGAACCCGACGACUUCGACAACUGGGACAACGGCAUCCUGCGGCUGAGCGCCGGCUCCGGCAAGGAGGCGGAGGCACCGGCCAAGAAGCCGCCCAAGGAGGAGCAGAAGAAGACGCUGGCGGACCAGGUGCGGGACGGCAAGUACGGCCUGAUCGAGCGGGAGCUCUUCCGCCGUGUGCCCAAGCGACCGGGAGUGCUGAGCUAUGCCCGGAAUUCGGAGGUGCCGCUGGACAACGAACGGAACUACGGCGGUCUCAACGAGGAGGACAUCUGGCUGGCCGAGGACCAUCUGCUGGUGAUCAAGGGCGGCGCUUUGAACGAGGAGGCCGAGGACAAUCAGCAGGGACCCUGGCCGGCCAUCGAUGACUACGAUGCGCCCGGGAGACAGAUCAAAUUGCCAGCGAAUCCGGCGGUGCCGCCUCCAUUUCCCGUGCAGCUCGAACCGCACGGCCCGCUGCAGCUUAUCCGAGAUAAUCAACUCGAGAUCCUCCGUCCGGCGACUGGCAAUGCAACGCUAUCCGCUAAGGCCGCCCACCACCAGGGCCACCAAGGCGCCGCCCCUGAAAAUCUCGCAUCGCAUCCUGUUGCCCGGACGGGAGCGACUGCAGCAUCUCCGGCAGCUAGGUCCCCGGAUGCCCCUGGUACCCCGGUUGCCCCUGAAGCCCCGGCCUACGUCUAUCCGGCGCCCUAUGCCCCCUGGCUGCUCUACCCCAACGACACGGUGGCGUCCAAGGGUCUGCUGAGGAGUCCACCGCUCCUGGGUCCCUGGCUGAUCAACGGGCUGAAUGGGAACGGCUCCUUGGCGGGGGAUUCGCCGCUGCCGGGGAAUGUGAGCGACUUCGACGAGGACGAUCCCUCGCUGUACUAUCCGCCGGCGUAUACGUUUGUGUACAAGAGCAACUACUCGAAUCCGGUGCCGCCUGGACCUCUGGUGCCGGGCAUAGUCCUGCCCCCACCGCCGGAUCACUUCAGCCGACUGGAGGGCAGUGCCGGCUCCACCAGGCGACCACCGUCGGCUCCCAGUAGCAGCACCACCACGAGCAGUACGACAACUAGCAGUACGACAACGAGCAGCACUACUACUACAACGACGACGACCAGGCCACCAGUGCACCUGCCGGCGAUCAGGACCUCCUACAAGCCCAAGUACAAUGCCAUCACCUAUCUGCCGCCGCCGCCGCGACAGAGUGCACCCAAGUACGUGGAGCGGGUGCCCGUUCCGGUGGCCGUGCCCAUACCCAUCUACCCCGUCAACUACACCCCGCGGCCGCAGCUCGUCUUCGUGCCCAGCUCCAGUUCCAGCUCCACGGAGGGCAGUCGCCAGGAGCAGUCGCAGUCGCCGCUGGAUCCGCCGCUCUCCAAGGCCAAUCCCAUCUACUACGAGUACUUCGAGGCCAAGCGGCAGCCGGGCUCCAUCAAGUCCAACGUCAUCGACGACUUCCUGGCCACAAAGCCACCCAAGCGGCACCAUCACCAUCAGCAUCAGGAUCGCCUACAGCACUACAAGGCAUCGCCGAGUCCUGCGAACGAUGUGGCCCCCGAGGUGGUCAACAUCACGCCCAAGCCCAGGAACGCCCAGCUGCAGCUCCACGCGGAGUACGAGGCUUCUCUGGGGCAGCUGCUGCGGAGCAACCUCAUCUCGCCGCCGGGAGCAGUUAACUCGGGCCGAUUCCAGCCGCCCGACUUCGACAAGCAGCCCUUCCUGCCCAUGGUGAACUACAGUGCGGACGAGCAGGACCAGAACGCUUUCAAGGCAAUCGUCUACCAGCCUUCCGGCCAAAGACAGCGUCACUUGCGCGUGGGCAAGCAGCAUCAGCAGCUCCAGCUGGAUCCCAAUCUGGAGACCUCGCCACAGGACUCUUACCUGCCGGGUCGUCACUUCCGCGUGGGGAAGCAGCAUCAGCAGCAUCAGCAGCAUCAGCAACACCAGCAGAUCUACGAUCCCCAGAUCUACAGCACUCCAGUGCCCGUUCCAGUUCCCCAGUUCGUGGAGGAUCCCCAGCAACUGAGGCCGCCUUCGCCGGUGCAAUCGAAUCCCCUGCACUUCUGGCAGCGACCUCCGCCGCAAUUCAAGCGGGUACGACCCAGCAGCAAACAGGGUCACCCGCAUCCGCAUUCGCAUCCGCACUCGCAUCCCCAUCCGCAUCCGCACUAUCCGCCGUACUAUGUGCCCGGCUAUCCGAGUGCCCCGUCCGGCGGGGGAGAGCCCCUCUACCGCCUGGUGCCCGUGGCCCAGCACAAGCACUGGCGCUCCAAGCAGCCACAGUCGCAGUCGCAGUCGCCGGUGCAGGUGCAGUCGCAGCCCAUCCAGGUGCAGGGCCAGGUGCCGAACCAGGGCUAUCCCGAUCGGAGCGUUAACAUAGGCCACAGCCUGGCCGGUGACAUCCUGGUCAACUACAACACCAACAAUCAGUUCAAUCCGCAGGCGGAACUGGUGCCACAGGCCCAGUUGGCGGCACCACCUCCUCCGCUUUCCUACCAGGCUCAAACUGGCCAGUCCUUGUGGUCCGAAAGGGAGAGGGAAAGAGAGAGGGAGAGGGAGCGGGACAGGGACAGGGAUAGGGAGCGAUCGGUGAGGCAGUCAAGGGAACAGCAGUAGCUGCACAUCCAUGUAUAUCAUAAUCCGAACAAUCAUGUCGAUAAUGAUGGUUUCUAUGUCAUUGAUAAACGUAGUGUCAAAAUGUGAUCUAUAGGGAGGCCAAUCCGCUAUCGAAUCCCAGCCUAGACGACAACUUUCUUAGAAACUAGAAAAAUAUGUUUUUCUUUUUCAUUUAAUCCCAUUUCAAUUGGGUUACUCAAUGUGUGUUUAAACUUUGAAGCCCCCAUUAACUACCCAAAAACCCCGAUAAUGGUCUCACUUUCGCUGUUUCAACAAUUCUAUAUUUUGUGAUUUAAGUUUUGGGCUCAUUCAAAUGGUAUUUCUGUGUCUUACAUGUGAGGAUAUACUCUAGAAAUCAUUAAUUUUGUUCAUUUUCUAUGGUUGUUUAAUUGUCUUCUUGUUUUGGAAACAGUUUGUUUUUUGUUUGGCUCUUCCAUUUUGACUUUCAUUUUGCAUCCAAUUAACAAUUUGCUACCACUAACAUAUAGUUACGUUAUGUAGAGCUGGUCAUUUAAGAGAUAAACCCCGAUUUGGUCCUACUUCAAUCUCUCGAUGGCGAUCGAUAAUCGAUAUAUAUCGCCCAUUGCGGACAGAGUUGCAAGAAGCAUACACACACAUAUAUUAUAUAUAUAUUUAUACCAUAUAUAUAUAUAAGUACCUAUAUCCCUAUGCGGUAAAUAUAUAUUCAGAAACCUAUGUAAAUAAUAAACGAGUGUGGGCGCUACCGACACCACUUAGUCUUAGGGGCAGUAAAAUACAGUAAAAUACAUAAAUAUAUAUACAAUAUCAAUACCUGUAGGAACGGAGGUUGCUUCGUUAAGCCCUAGCUAUCUGUUUUAUCCUGCACACACAAACUAUAUGUAUUAUUUUUUUCUAUUUAUUAUAAUCUGUUUUUGAAUGUUUUCCAAAAUCAUUGCAAAACUUUGUAUAAAAGCCAUAACAACUAAGGUCACUAUAAGUUAAAAUCACGCUAUGCAACUAAUGAAAACUAUGCGUUAAUUAUAUCUUUAGUUUGGAUACCAUCCAUAUAAAUAUAUAUAUAUUUUUUUUUGUUAAUUGUAAACGAAUAAAAUAAUUUGUAGACGCAAAUUCUUAUUAUCGAAAUAAAGCAAAUUCAAAAUAAAG